AUGGAGGCUAGCUCUGCAAACUGGGAGCUGGACAGCGAUGAGAUUGCGUCCAUCGCUUCCGAGGAUCUUCACCAGCACCGGCCAAACCGCUGGACGGGCGCCAAAUCGUCAUGGCGCACUCUCACAGAGGAAGAGAGGCUGCUCUGGCAGUCGAUGAAGCAACUGCAGGAUCACGAUUUGGCGGCGCAUUUGUACAACGCGUUUGCGCUCAAGCGACGAGGCCGCGAUGCGGUGACGGCGAAGGACGUCAUGGUUCGCAUGGACAAUAGCGAGGACGCAGUCUGGGCACCGCCCAAGCUCUGGACGGCGUGGCCACUUAAGCACAAACAAGUGCCAAAAGAUGGUCUCAUCAACAGCCAGCACGACGCCGACGAGUGGUCCACGUUUCGAAAAUCAGAGAAACCCUUGCCUAGCACUGAGUUGGAGGAGGAGCUAUCCGCAACCAUUCUACGGACAGCCAAGCGGCGUUUCCGCCGACGGAAGGGCAAGCUGGCGCUGGCCUCGAUCGAGUCCGCCGCCAUGCAAGGAGAAAGCGACAAUGACACUCCCGGUCCGUCGUCUCGGGAGCCAUCCGUCAAGCCGGAAGCCGAGGACGAAGACGAGAAGAUGCUUGAUACGGAUGACCCGACGCCGGUUGCGCCAACCACACGGUCAAAACCCAAGACGUACGAACCAGUGGUGUCAACUAACGACAAAUUAUCCUACGAUUUGCUCAGACCGUCUGUUCGACACAUUCUAUCGCAGCUAGAUGACACCCUUUCUAUCCUACGCAACUCACGCGUUGCUGGCCUAAGCUAUCUCUCCGAUUCGUCUACCGAGGAUGAAUCCGACAGCCAGAGUGGCCAGAAGCGGGCUCGCGGACGGCCUCGAAACGCAUCGCAGGGCACACCUGACACAAACCAAUCUGGCGUAAACCCUCCCGUAACACCCAGCAAACGAGGCCGCCCGCGCAAAGUUCACAUCCCUCGCGAGGGAGAGUCAGAAGAGGAGAUGCUUCUCCGCAUCGCCCGAGAGUCCCAUCGUCGCCUUCCCACAACGCCCAAGGACAAGGACGCUGCAUUUGAAGAGUGGAUUCGAAAGGGUGACGAGACCAUCGAGCGGGAACGUUCGCUGUCCGUCAAGCGAGAAGCUUCAGAGGGCUUGGAGACGGAAGACGACGACGGGAACGGGGACAGCAAUCCCAACAGGAAGCUCGCACGAUGGGGUCUGCGCGACUGGAGCGACGUCCUAGGGGCGGCUGCUCUAGCAGGCUUCUCAAGUGAAGCCAUUGCGAGAACGACACAGCGCUGCGCAGACUUGUUCGGCGAGGGCAUGGUGAUGAGGAAGCUGAACGAAGCCCCCGUCUCGCAAGGCACCGGCAUUGAAACCAGGGAAUACCGCCCGGAGCCUGUCCGCCUUUCGCACUCGGACGCCGACGACGACAGCGAAGACGAGGCCGACCUCGUCCAGCGCCGCGUCGCCUCCCGCCAGGCCUCCCUCGCGCGAUCCAGCCACGACCGCAGCAGCCCCGAGUCGUUCCGCGGCCGUCUCUCCGCCGCCCAAUCCCCGGCGGCCUCCAAAUCCUCCGGAUCCCGAUCGCGAUCCCGGUCUCGCUCCGCGGCCGGCCUCGUCUUCUGCCCGAUCCCGUCGUGCGACCGCGCCGCGCAGGGCUUCAGCCGCAAGGCGAAUCUGCGGCGCCAUGUGGAGCUCGUGCACCAGGGACAGACGGAGGAGAUGGAUAGUGACGAGGAGGUGGCCGGCGCAGUGCAUGUGGAUGGCUUCUUGCGGCCCAUUGUGCCGGCACGGGGCUGGAGGGGUGAGGAUACGACGAUGAGGAAGAGGAAGAGGUACUAUGGACAGAGAGCAGUGAGCUCU